GGAGGUGCCGCGACCACGACCGAGACCUCCGCGCGACUCGGUGUAAACAGAAUAUUCAAAAGUGACAUGGAAUUGAGUGAGUGACAAAAGUGAACGAAAUUAAAACAAAACAAAACUGUUUAUUAAACUGUGCUCAGUGAAGUUAUUUUCUUUAACGAAAAAAAUACACUUUUAAAUUUAACUUGUGUUAACUUUAGUAGUUAGAUCAAAAUAUUAUAUCUCUGAUUAGACGAACGAUAAAAAGGUGAAAUCUUAAACAAUAUUGAAGUAUGACCAGAGUUAGUAAACGGUGUUCCAGUGCUGUGAAAUAUUUGAGUACAGUGUAAUAAAGACACGAUGUGAUAGAACGUUCACGAUGUGGGCGGCGGAGCUGAGCUGUUUCUUUAUUUUAUUCGGCGUAACAGCCGGCGGCGGAGGGUGGGAGCCUCUGGGACAGCCUUACUUCGACAACAGCACGAAGCGAGAGGCGACCGCCGCCGUGGGACAGCCAGCGUAUCUACACUGCAGAGUCAGGAACCUCGCAGACAGAGCGGUAUCAUGGAUUCGUAAGCGAGACUUGCAUAUUCUCACCGUGGGAGUACACACAUACAGCAGUGACGCGCGGUUCGCGGCUCUACACGCAGACGGCUCUGACGAGUGGACGCUGCGCGUGGCUCCGGCGCAGCCUCGCGACUCCGGCGUCUACGAGUGUCAAGUGUCUACUGAACCUAAGAUCAGUUUAUCGUUUCGACUCACCGUCGUUGUGUCGAAGGCGGAAAUUUUAUCCGGGCCGGAGUUGUUCGUGAGAGCGGGCUCUGAUAUUAAUCUCACUUGCGUCGCUAAGCACGCUCCCGAUCCUCCCAGCUUUAUAUACUGGUACAGAGGGGAGCAAGUGGUCAAUUAUGCUCAACGAGGAGGCAUAAGCGUUGAAACCGAACAGCGCACGCGCACCAGUCGCUUACUCAUAGCGCGGGCAGCUCCCCAUGAUUCCGGGAACUAUACGUGCGCCCCUAGCAGUUCAGAGUCCGCUUCGGUGAUUGUUCACGUGUUGAGCGGGGAGAGGCCGGCCGCGAUGCAGAGCUCCGGACCGCCGCCGCCGCGCGUCUCCCCCGCAGUCCUGGCUACCAUAGCUACUGCCUCGACUGUCCAGCGACGAAGACCCUGGCUACCCGUCACUAUAUCCAUCCUCGUCUACCAACUUACCUCAACAUUCAUAGUCAUGUUUAUCGUCUUCACCAAUGUAGUUAUUCAAUUUUUCAUUCAUAAAACUCACGGUUAUUCAAACCUACAUGCUUCGAGAUGACCAAUUCAAAUCGAAUAAUAAUUAAAAAGGGGUGUAAUUAAUAAAAUUAUUUAUAAACUGCUUUGUGUAAAUUGAAACUGUUAUAUGAAAAUACGUUGAACACGAUGUGUAUUUGAAAUACAACGAUUUUAUAAAGUAUAUUGUGACUUUCAAGGGUCAAUAAAUUAUUUUACGAAUAAAACUAUACUAUAAUAUUAUGCGGAUUCGUUUAACUUAUCAAAUUAACAUCCUACUUUAAAGACUAAAUUAGACAGUUAAAGUAUAAUAGCACAAUAAGUGUCUCAUAAAAAUGGAGGCUUUAAAAUAUUAUUUCGAUAAUAAUUGUCGUUAAGGAUAUUAUCGUUUCGUAUUUACGUCGGCCGGCUUAGGUAUUUAAGAGAUUACUCGUCGCUUAUUCUCUUUCGUUUUUCCAGCUAAAUACGCCCAUUCUUAAUCCUGUAGCAAGAUUAAGAGCGAAUCGAUUUCAUUAUUCCGAUCCGCUAUGAGCUUAGAUUCAAUAUAAGCAGAGCUUAAGUCAAUGGUGUUACUUAUUUAAGACGACGGCCGGUCAAUUAACCGCGUAUAUUUUCAUCAACACAUCAAGAAACACAAAAUAAAUUGACUUAUUGAUUUCAUAUUUAUGAAUUUUCUGUACAUUUUGACGACAUUAAAAAGCAGUCAAAACAUUGUUGGGAGUACAGUGAAGAUACUAAGCACAUCAGGUACAAGGAACGGAGUAUGGUACGUCAAAAAUAUUCCGUGAAAAUUGCGACGUGAAUAAUUUUCAGUGAAAUUGCUUCCAAUAUGGAGCACAAAGUGUGUUGUUGAUCACACGGGGUACUGAACAGUCUAUACAAUAAUGUUGCCUGCUUGAGAGCUGUGUCAAGCUACCUCAACUCCUGAAUAAAAUUUACUCUAUCAUUAAUACUCGGUAUACAUUAUAGACUAAACGAUCGAAAAUUUAUUGCUUAUCAAUUACGCUUUCAAUUAACUAUCUUUAAUAUUACUGAGAAAAGCUGACGAACGAAUCACUGUCACUCAUUAAACCUGACGCUUUAAAAAGUAUCAUCUAUUUUUUGUUUAAUGCCUUGUCAUGUUUAUAAGAUUUAAAGUUAUUGAGGAGCGACGAGCUGACUGCAAACUAAGCAAAGAUACCGGGGAUGCCAAGUCGUUCAUCGUAUAGACGUUUGGAAGUUUUCUUACCAGAACCGAACAAUUUCUCUUCUUAUUUUUACCUUUUAUUUAUUCUCACCGCUCGGUAUCGGCGAAAAGUAAAUUUACGAGACAGUGUUAACGGUUCGGAAAAACAAAAAUACACCUGCAAGUUUUGA